AUGAACCAAUCAUCGUUCAAUGCUGUUAGCACACUUGGCAUUCCCGCAUAUGUCUCUAAAGCCUUUCUUAGCCAGCGCCAAGAGCGGAUAUCUGAUCGGCCAGCUUGUUUCUACCAUCGGUCGUCUUUUCCUCAAGUAGCCUCAUUUCCAUCUCAAAACUCAAGCUACUACUCUUCCAGUGCCUCCUCAAAAAAUGGACGGAUCAGGUGCGGGGUCCAAUGUGACCUCGGAGACAAUCGGCUUCACGUUUGGUGA